GGAUUAGUGGACAUAUUGUGUGAAGCCUGCGAACGUUUGAAAUGGAAGGAGCCAUCGAAGAUACAGCGGGAAACAAUUCCUGUGGCACUUUCCGGGAGAGACAUCAUUGGUCUUGCUGAAACAGGGUCUGGUAAAACUGGGGCCUUUGCCCUGCCCAUCAUCCAAGCUCUUCUCGAAAAGCAGACGAAAUUGUUUGCUCUAAUUUUAACUCCAACCAGGGAAUUGGCAGUUCAGAUAUCUGAACAGUUUGAAGCACUUGGAGCUUCAAUCAAUCUAAAAUGCGCUGUCGUCAUUGGUGGUGUAGAUUUGAAUACUCAGAAACUAAUGUUGGAGAAGAGGCCACACAUUGUUAUAGCUACUCCUGGAAGGAUGGUCGACCAUUUGAAGCACACAAAAGGCUUCAAUUUCAAAACUCUGAAAUACCUAGUUAUUGAUGAGGCCGAUAGGCUUUUAAAUAAAGACUUUGAAAAGGAGUUUGAUGCCAUUCUAUCUGCCAUACCUAAAAUUAGGAACACUUAUUUAUUCUCAGCUACAAUGACUAAAAAGGUGGCGAAACUUCAGAGGGCAUCGUUAAAUGACCCGGUCAAAGUUGAGGUUUCGAAUAAAUUUCAAACAGUCAGCAAGCUGAAGCAGAAGCACUUGUUCAUACCUGAAAAAUUCAAAAAUAUAUACCUUGUCUACUUGCUGAAUGAGAUCGGAGAUAAAUCAAUAAUAAUAUUUUGCAAUACGUGCAUUCACGUGCAAGAGGCUACCCUGAUGUUAAGAUAUCUAGGGUUCUCUUCUAUACCAUUGCAUGGGCAAUUAUCACAAAAUCAGAGAUUGGGAGUUCUAAACAAAUUUAAAAGCAAGGAAAAGUCCAUUCUAAUUGCAACUGAUGUUGCUAGCAGAGGUCUAGACAUACCGCACGUAGAUGUAGUAAUUAACCUGUACGUGCCGAUGCACAGUAAGGACUACAUACAUCGAGUCGGCAGAACAGCCCGCGCCGGCAGAGAUGGCGAAUCGUUUAUAUUCGUCACACAAUAUGACGUGAUGCUGUUUCUAAAAAUAGAAGAGCAGUUGGGUCACGAGAUCGAGCAGUACAAUCCCAUCGAGGAUGAAGUCAUGGUGUACAUGGACACCGUCAAUAAGGCCUACAUCAUGGCCCAACAGGCAUGUGUUGAAGAAUUAUUAUUCUGUUGUUGUAAUUUUAUGGUGUUUCCAAGUUUCAACUAUUUUUAA